UAAAACCCCAAAACAAAAAAAAAAAAAAGAACGCCUACAGAGAUAUUUUACUUCAAAAAGCUACAAAUUUCAUUGAAGCGAUGGAAAAUUCUUAUCUAAAUGUGGCACAUGUUUAUGGACGGAAGGCGGAACACUACGCCAAGCAUCGUCGUUUCGACGAGGCCAUCGAAAGCCACCGUCGGGCAGUGUUGAAUCUGGAUGAAGCGUUGAAAGUAUCACCGCCCGCAGCGAUUGUGCUGGAAUCGCUGCAGUUGCAGCGACGGUAUCAUUUGAAGCAGGCGGAAUUUCUGCGUCACAAAAAGCUACAGCACGAGCGUCACAUGAAAGCGCUCGAGUACCAGCGGAAGCGUAACCCGGAAUAUCUGGCUCAACAAAUGGAGAAAUUGGAUAAGGUAAACAAACUACAGGUCGCUAUCUAUCGUAAUUUGGAUGAAACAGAUUCACAUUUGGUGACACUCGGUAAACCGGGAACGAAUCCCGGUGGGACUGAUUCCGCUAGCGAACGGACGAGCCCUGCCGCUGUGGAGGAGCUGAUUUCCUUGAACCACUCGUUACAUUUACUGAUUCAUCGGAUGGUUGAAAAUUUGGACGAAGUCACGACGGAAAACGAAAGGCUCAAGGAACGUUUGAGCUUGUAUGAGAAGGAAAACGAAAGCAAGCCGCCGUCGGUGGCAACCGGCAGGAAGGGACUGGUCGACAAAGGACGCGACCCAUCGCUGGAAACGGGACGGGAUGCACUGGAAGCGAUUAACUACCGUCACUGCGAGCAGCUGCCGGCGUUGGCACCGCUUGAGCUGCCCGCGUUCGACCUCUCUGGUUUUGAGAAUAAUUAGAUUAUCUUUUUUUAUGAUUCUACCACGAGGGUAUUUAGGCGGGGACUAGUUUAAGCUGGCUGAAGUUUUUGGAGCGUCUUAGUGGAAUACGAAACCUGAAAUUAAAGAAACUUUUUCCGAUUAAAUUCCACACGUAUUUCGCCUACGACUUGCAGGCUUCGUCAGUGUCUGUUUUCGAACCUUAGAAGUUGGAAAACAGACACUGAUGAAGCCUGCAAGUCGUAGGCGAAAUACGUAUCUAUCGCAAAUAAAUAUUAAUAGUGGAAUUUAAUCGGAAAAAGUUUUUACUUUUCUUUAAUUUCAGGAAGAUUAAGCUGAGUAAAUUUUAUGAUUGUUCUCUUCGGUUGUAAGUACA